AGUAUUAUCUUCGGUCUCUCCGUGCCUUUUUUCCGUCAGAGGAAGAUCAUGCUGGCAGUUCUAACGCGGUUUUGAACAGAUUUUUCACAAUAAAUAUAACACAAUGAGCAUUAAUUUUGUGCCACCAGUAAUUCAAGAGAACCCAGAUGGAUGGGGACCUUGUACUGUUCCAGAUCAGUUUAAAGAUAUUCCAUAUCAACCCUUUUCGAAAGGUGACCGUCUUGGAAAGGUAUCAGACUGGACUGGUGCAACCUACACAGACAAGAGAUAUUUAGGUCGCUACAAUACUCAGUUUGGUUCUGGGACUCAGUACUCAUACUAUCAUGAACAGGAUGAAUCAAGCUUCCAGCUUGUUGAUUCUUCAAGAAUCCAGAAACCAAUCUACUUGAGAAAUAGGCUUAAAUUUAAUCAGCGUAAUCUACGACGUGAACGGGAGCGCAGAGAGCAGAAGGAUACCAGCAACCCGCAGUCCUUGACGAAGGCGCAGAAGGAACGUCAACGCCAAAUGCGACGUCUGCAAAAGCAGUUUGGCAAGUCUCGGUGGAAUCGUAAUCGUUAUCAACAAAAUCAAGUUAAAACGAGGGAUGCUUCAGUUCAAGUUCGAAAUGAAUGGCAAGUGGUGGAAGAGAUGGAUUUCCCACGACUCAGCAAACUAAGACUUCCAGAAGUCUCCAGCCCUGAAGACAUUGUAACAUGUGGUGAAUUGGAACACUACGACAAAUCUUAUGACCGUAUUACCACCAAAAAUGAGAAGCGACUAGCAAGGGUGAAUCGAAUCUUCCAUAAGGUUACUACCACAGAUGAUCCAUUAAUUAGAAAGCUUGUCCCUAAAGGCAAUGUUUUUGCAACCGAUAUCAUCUUGGCAACCAUGAUGUGCAGUACUCGGUCAAACUAUUCUUGGGAUAUUGUCGUUCAGCGUGUUGGUGACAAGCUUUUCUUUGACAAGAGAGAUAACUCCGAAUUUGAUUUAUUGACAGUGAAUGAGACUGCAUUGACGCCACCUCAAGAGGAGGGCAUGCAUACUAAUGCUCCACGCAACCUGGCCCUUGAAGCAACUUUUAUCAACCACAAUUUCUCCCAGCAGUGUCUAAAGGGCUCUGAGAAAAAAUUCAAGUUUGACAAACCGAAUCCAUUUAUCACCGAUGACGACGAAGGGGAGGUAGCGUCAGUAGCUUACAGGUACCGCAAGUGGGAGCUUGGAGAGAAUAUUGAUCUCAUAGUGCGAUGCGAGCAUGAUGCCGUGUUGAUUGGAUCGUCAGGAGAGACAAACUUUAUCAACAUCAAGACUCUCAAUGAAUGGGAUACCAAGGCAACAGCUGCAGCUGAAUGGAGACAGAAGCUGGACAGUCAGAGGGGUGCCGUGCUUGCUACCGAGGUGAAGAACAACAGCUUUAAACUGGCUAAGUGGACGUUGUGUGCUUUGCUGGCGGGAUCCGACUACAUCAAGUUUGGGUACGUGUCGCGUGUGAACCCUAAGGACUCUUCGCAGCAUGUGAUCCUAGGCUCUCAGCAGUUUAAGCCGAGUGAGUUGGCCGCUCAGAUUAACCUGAACAUGGACAAUGCUUGGGGUAUCCUCAGAUGCAUUAUUGACUUGUGCUUCAAACUGGAUGAAGGCAAAUACCUGAUCCUGAAAGAUCCUAACAAGCCCAUGAUCAGAAUCUACAACAUCCCAGAUAGUACGUUCAGCUCUGAUGAGGAGGAUGAUGAUGGCGACGAUGAAAAUGAUGAUGUCGACGACCAGUAGAUUAUAAAGACGAAGAUAUCAAAACCAUCUGUUCCGAUCUUACUUUUAUUUAUAAAGCAUAGUCUGUCUUUUUAUCAUACAUCAUCUCACAUUAUUAUCAGUCCUAUAAACAUAAAACACUUUUAACCAACUUAAUACUCAACUUGUUCUUGUUUCUAAUCAGAUGGGUAGCAAUGGUAAAAUGUUGAAUGUAUUAGUUUGUACACCAUACAUGUUUCAUGAUGUGUAUUCAGUUACCAAAAGUAAUAAUGUUGUAAGCGCUCUGAUUAUUUUUUCAGACUUCCAAAUGUGCUGUAUGUGCUCAAUUAUAUUAUUUUCAGCACUUAAUUUCUUAGAAUCAUACAUUAAUAAAUUACUGGUAAUAUUAUGUGA